AUGCUCGCUCAAUACAGGGCCCGUGUGCCCGCGGCCCUCCGCCUGGCCCGGUCCACCUCCGCUCGCGCCCUCUCUACCACCCUCCCCCGCUAUGAGAAGGAUACCGCCCUUAACAAGGUGUCGCGGAACAUCACCCAGCCCAUCUCCCAGGGUGCCUCGCAGGCCAUGCUGUACGCCGUCGGUCUCACCGAGGAGGACAUGAACAAGCCCCAGAUCGGUAUCUCGUCCGUUUGGUUCAACGGUAACCCCUGCAACAUGCACUUGCUCGACCUCAACAACAAGGUGCGCCAGGGUGUGCAGGAUCAGAACAUGGUCGGCUUCCAGUUCAACACCGUCGGUGUCAGUGAUGCUAUCAGUAUGGGUACCUCGGGUAUGCGCUACUCCCUUCAGAGUCGUGACCUGAUUGCCGACUCCGUUGAGACUGUCAUGGGUGGUCAAUGGUACGAUGCCAACAUCUCCAUCCCCGGUUGCGACAAGAACAUGCCCGGUGUCCUGAUGGCCAUGGGCCGCUUCAACCGUCCCAGUAUCAUGGUUUACGGUGGUACCAUCAAGCCCGGUUGUGCCGUCACCCAGGAUAAUGCCGAUAUCGACAUUGUCUCUGCUUUCCAGGCCUACGGCCAAUUCAUCGCCAAGGAGAUCACCGAGCCCCAGCGCUUCGACGUCAUUCGUCACGCCUGCCCCGGCGAGGGUGCCUGCGGUGGUAUGUACACUGCCAACACCAUGGCCACUGCCAUCGAGACCAUGGGUAUGACCCUGCCCGGUUCUUCCUCCAACCCUGCCAACUCCCAGGCCAAGUACCUCGAGUGUCUGGCUGCCGGUGGUGCCAUCAAGAAGCUGCUCGCCGAGGACAUCCGCCCCCGCGAUAUCCUGACCCGCCAGGCGUUCGAGAACGCCAUGGUCGUUGUCAACAUCACCGGUGGAUCUACCAACGCUGUUCUCCACUUGAUCGCCAUCGCCGACGCCGUCGGCGUGAAGCUCACUAUUGACGACUUCCAGGCCGUCUCCGACCGCAUUCCCUUCCUGGCUGAUCUGAAGCCUUCCGGAAAGUACGUCAUGGCCGACCUGUUCGGCAUCGGUGGUACCCCCGCUCUGCUGAAGAUGCUGCUGAAGGAGGGCCUGAUCGAUGGAUCCGGCAUGACUGUCACUGGUGAGACUCUCGCCAAGAACCUGGAGAAGGCCCCCGACUUCCCCGAUGACCAGAAGAUCAUCCGUCCCUUCUCCAAACCCAUCAAGUCCACUGGUCACAUUCAGAUCCUACGCGGCUCCCUGGCUCCCGGUGGCAGUGUUGGUAAGAUCACUGGUAAGGAGGGUACUGUCUUCACCGGUAAGGCCCGCGUGUUCGACACCGAGGACCUCUUCAUCGAAGCGCUGGAACGCAACGAGAUUAAGAAGGAGGAGAAGACCGUUGUUGUCAUCCGCUACUGCGGCCCCAAGGGUGGCCCCGGCAUGCCUGAAAUGCUGAAGCCCUCCGCCGCCCUGAUGGGCUAUGGUCUCGGCUCCUCAUGCGCCCUGAUCACCGACGGCCGUUUCUCCGGUGGUUCCCACGGUUUCCUGAUUGGCCACAUUGUCCCCGAGGCUGCUGUCGGUGGUCCCAUCGGUCUCGUCAACGACGGUGAUAUCAUCACCAUUGACGCUGACAACCGUGUUCUGGACAUCGAUGUCUCCGAGUCUGACCUCGCUGUGCGUCGCGAGGACUGGGAGGCUCGCAAGGCUGCUGGCUUGCUUCCUGAGACUGGUCUCACUAUGCGUGGUACCCUGGGCAAGUAUGCCCGCAAUGUCAAGGACGCUAGCCAGGGCUGCAUCACUGAUGCUGUAGAGUAA